UCCCUAUUUUGAAAAAAAAAAAAUCGCUAUACCAGACUCUCAAUCUCGCGUAACUGGAGGCUGUAAUCUAUGGCAGGUUUUCUUGGGAUUAUACUGUUAAUAUUCAGUGCAGCUCAUUUUGUCAUAAACCAGUUUAUUAGAAAUGAGAGAGAACUUGAAUAAGCGUUGUACUUUUGAGGGUGAUACUUAGUUGAACGUUAAUAUUUCAUCAAAGCAGUUCCCACAUCGCUGGAAAUAAAUCCCCGAGUAGCAAAGCUUGCUUCCAAAUAAAUACGUUUUCAAUACGUAUUUUAAAAAGUUUAAAUGCGUUUUAAAACCACUCCCCUGAGCCACAAUAAAAGCUUCCAUCUCCUGUGCGUUUUACGAUUCGCCACGGUCUCUCCUCCCUUCCUCUCCGAAGUGGUUUACAGUAGAACUAAUUGCAUCUCCUUCCGCGUUUAGCCCACACACGUUUUUUAUUCUCAGUUUGCCCCUUGUGAAAGGUGGAUCAUCCCUCUACACGGUGUAAGCGAAGAAAAGCCAAUCAACCACGGGUAGGAUUGUGUCUUUCUAAGGCAACGUUUCCAUUUGUCGCAGAAUAGAUGGACUACUUUUCUCUGCUCCCCCUUGCUAUUCCCGUCAGCCUUCUCCGCCUCUCCUUGGCCCGCUGACGUCAGAGUCGUGUGAGGUUUCUCGGCAGUAAUGGCAGCAGCGGGGCUGGAAGAGAUGAAUCUGAAACGCAGCGGCUAGGGUGACGCGCACAGGAAAGCGCGCGCGUGCCCGCCGGAUCGCUGUCCCUCCUCAGAUAUACAUACACAUAAGAGCGGAGGGGGAGGGGAACGUUGGCAGGAUUAUGUCGAGCCAGGCCUGGGCCGCCGCGCCAGCCAGAACCCUGAAUCCUAAUCUCGUUCUGGCAACAGCGGCCGCUACGGAAAUGGCCGAGUUCUCGAAGGCCUCCAAUUCUGCCUUGGCCCCUGGCGGUCUCUCUCUGUCGCUGAUUGAAUCAGAACUGUAUUUUCUCAUAGCUCGCUUCUUGAGCGCUGGGCCUUGUAGAAAAGCAGCAGAGGUGCUGGUGCGAGAACUGGAACAGUACCAGUUGCUUCCUAAACGGUUGGAUUGGGAAGGAAAGGAGCAUUGCAGAAGUUAUGAAGACCUGGUAUUAUGUAACAAACAUGUGGCUCCAGAUCAUUUGUUGCAAAUUUGCAAGCGAAUUGGCCCUAUACUGGAUAAAGAAAUUCCACCCAGCAUUCCAAGAGUGAAUUCGUUGUUGGGUGCUGGGAGGCAGUCCCUGCUGCGUACAGCAAAAGAUUGCAAACAUGCAAAUUGGAAAGGCUCAGGUAUUGCUGCCCUUCACAGAGGAAGACCACCUGAAAUACCUAUUAACUGUGGCAGACAACCAAGUCUAGUGGAAUUAAAUUAUGCGAAACAGUUGACCGGAUGUACCCGAUACAGUUGUUCAUUCCCAGGAAAUAUGUACCAGCAUAUAAAGAUGCAUAGACGGAUUCUUGGUCAUCUUUCUGCAGUUUAUUGUGUGGCAUUUGAUAGGACUGGACAUAGGAUAUUCACUGGAUCCGAUGACUGCUUGGUAAAAAUUUGGUCCACACACAAUGGUCGGCUAUUAGCUACCCUAAGAGGCCAUUCAGCAGAGAUCUCUGAUAUGGCUGUGAACUUUGAGAACACAAUGAUCGCUGCUGGUAGUUGCGAUAAAAUUAUCAGAGUUUGGUGUCUCAGAACAUGUGCCCCAAUUGCUGUUCUGCAAGGACACACAGGAUCAAUUACGUCUUUGCAAUUCAGCCCAUUAGUGAAAGGUUCAAUGCGAUAUAUGGCAUCCACAGGUGUAGAUGGAACAGUGUGCUUUUGGCAGUGGGAUACCACAUCUAUGAAAUUCAAUAACAGGCCAUUGAAAUUCAUAGAAAAACCAAGACCUGGGGUUCAAAUGCUUUGUUCUUCUUUUAGUGUUGGUGGAAUGUUUUUAGCAACUGGGAGUACUGACCAUGUUAUCAGAAUAUAUUAUUUUGGUUCUGAAACCCCUGAAAAAAUUGCAGAACUGGAGAGCCAUGCUGACAAAGUUGACAGUAUUCAGUUUUCAAAUAGAGAUGAUAGGUUCAUAAGUGGCAGCAGAGAUGGAACAGCCCGAAUCUGGCAAUUUCAGCAAGCAGAGUGGAAGAGCAUUUUGCUGGAUAUGGCUGACAAAUUACCAAGUGAUUUGUGUUCCGAGGAGGAUAAAUUUAUGAAACCCAAAGUGACCAUGAUAGCUUGGAGUCGAAAUGAUAAUGUAGUGGUUACUGCUGUGAACAAUCAUCUGCUCAAAGUGUGGAAUUCUUAUUCUGGGGAGCUUCUACAUGAUCUCACAGGGCAUGCAGAUGAAGUGUUUGUUUUGGAGCCCCAUCCAUUUGAUUCCAGGAUUAUGUUGUCUGCAGGCCAUGACGGCAGUAUCUUUAUCUGGGAUAUAGAAAAAGGCAUUCAAAUGAAACAUUAUUUUAAUAUGAUUGAAGGACAAGGACAUGGUGCUGUGUUUGACUGCAAGUUUUCAUCAGAUGGACAGCAUUUUACCUGUACAGAUUCUCAUGGACACCUCUUGAUUUUUGGGUUUGGUUGUAACAAACCAUAUGAAAAGAUUCCUGAUCAGAUGUUCUUCCACACUGACUAUCGACCACUGAUUCGAGAUUCUAACAAUUAUGUCCUAGACGAGCAGACACAACAGGCACCCCACCUCAUGCCUCCUCCAUUCUUGGUAGAUGUAGAUGGAAAUCCCCACCCAACAAAAUAUCAGCGAUUGGUACCAGGAAGAGAGAAUUGUGCAGAUGAGCAUCUGAUUCCUCAGCUGGGAUAUAUAGCAACAAGUGAUGGAGAGGUUGUAGAGCAAGUAAUAGGACAACAGACUGCUGAACAGGAUGAACAGAGUCUGGAGCCCAGCAUACUUGAUGGCAUGAUUAGACAGUUACAGCAAUUGCAAGAUCGAAGAACUGGCAUAGACCAGGAUACUGUUUCAGCUAGUCCACAGUAUGGACAAGGAACACCUAGAAGAGAUUUCCGCAGGCUAAGCUCAGAUAUUCAGUCACCUCCUAAUAUUGGUCUGAGACGUAGCGGUCAAGUUGAGGGUGUUCGUCAGAUGCACCAGAAUGCUCCAAGAAGUCAGAUUGCUACAGAGAGAGAUCUUCAAGCUUGGAGACGGAGAGUAGUUGUUCCAGAAAUAACAUCCAGUAUAUUUAGAAAUCAGGAAGAAUAUAGGAUUGCAAAAGGAGAAGAAGAAAAGUGGCUGUAUACAAUAGAGCAGAAAAGGAAGUUGUUUCAAUCCUCAGAAAAGAGUGACUCCGAAGAUUCAUUGAUGCAGUCUAAGAGAAGGCUUUAUAGACGUAAAUAUGCAUCAUAUCGAUCAAGGAACAACAUUGAACAAUCUGAUUCUUCCAGUGAAGAUGUGGGUGAUUGUUUUGGAUUUGUUACACAGGAAGCAGAAGAAAGUGAUGGAUUGAGUUUGUCUACCCAUGAAGAAGAGUGGAAGAGUGACAAGAAAACCAACAGUAAUAGUUCCAGCAGUGAUUCCUCAAGCCAGUAUUCUGACUGGAUUGCUGAUGCUGGAAUUAAUUUACAACCUCCCGUAAGAAUGUCUCGACGUAAAACUAUUAGAUAUUGUAGUUCUUCUGAAGAUGAAAUAUCGAUAGAAAAAAUUUCUCCACCCAAAAGAAGGAGGAAAAGACGGAAAAAAUAUAAACCGAAAAAACAUGAGUCAGCAGACCAAGCAUUGUUGUCUGAUUUUCAUCCUCCUGACUGGAUAACUAACAUCAGACUCCGAAGAUCUCCUUUUGUCCCACAAAUGGGUGAUGAGGUGAUAUAUUUUCGACAAGGCCAUGAAGCUUAUAUUGAAGCAGUAAGAAAGAACAAUAUUUAUGAAUUGAAUCCUCACAAAGAACCUUGGAGAAAAAUGGUCCUUCGGGAACAAGAAUUGGUAAAAAUUGUUGGGAUACGUUAUGAAGUUGGACCUCCUACACUAUGCUGUCUUAAACUUACUCUCAUGGAUCAUGUUACAGGACAGCUUCAAGACAAAUCAUUUUCUCUCAAAUACCAUGAUAUGCCAGAUGUUAUUGACUUCCUGGUGUUACGUCAGUUCUAUGAUGAAGCACGACAAAGGAACUGGCAACCUUGUGAUCGAUUUCGUUCAAUUAUUGAUGACGCUUGGUGGUUUGGAACUGUUUUGAGCCAAGAGCCGUAUCAGCCACAAUAUCCAGAUAGCCCUUUUCAGUGUUACAGCGUUAAAUGGGACAAUGGUGAAACUGAACGACUUAGCCCAUGGGACAUGGAACCAAUUCCAGAGAAUGUUGAUCAGCCUAAAGAACUGGGAGCGAGUGUUUCCGUUACUGCUGAAGAGAUGGCAAAACUACUGUAUAAACCUCAAAAAGGAGAAUGGCAGGGGAAAUUGCAGAGUGAAGAGUGUGAACGAAUUAUUUGUGGAAUUGAUCAGCUUUUGAGUCUUGAUAUUUCAGCAGCUUUUGCUGGUCCAGUUGAUCUGAAUACAUAUCCAAAGUACUGUACAGUAGUAGCUUAUCCAACAGAUCUUUGGACUAUCAGGCAGAGACUGGAAAAUCAUUUCCACAGGAGACUUUCUGCAUUGAUUUGGGAAGUAAGAUGUAUUGAAAGCAAUGCUCGGACCUUCAAUGAACCCAAUAGCACUAUUGCUAGGUCUGCUCGGAAAAUCACAGAUCAGCUCUUAGAAUUUAUUAGGAAUCCAAAUUGUACCAACAUUUUUGAGUUGUGUACUGCAACAAAUGAAGACAGCAUUGCUGCUACUGAGUUGGAUGAUGAUUAUGAGCCAAGGACAUCUUCUAGGAAAAGACAAUCCUUGAAGGGAAAAAAUGUUGCAAAACCAAGCUAUGAUGGAAAUGGAUGGAAGAAGCAAUGUAUGGAACUUGUUAAUUUAAUUUUCCAGUGUGAGGAUUCUGAGCCAUUUAGACAGCCUGUUGAUUUGGAGCAGUAUCCUGACUACAGAGAAAUUAUAGACACACCAAUGGACUUAGGCACAAUAAAGGAAACACUAGAAGCUGGAAACUAUGAUACUCCAAUGGAACUGUGCAAAGAUGUCAGACUAAUAUUUAGCAAUGCUAAAGCAUAUACUCCAAACAAAAGGUCCAAGAUAUAUAGUAUGACACUGAGAUUAUCUGCGCUAUUUGAGGAAAAAACUAGAAGAGUUCUCUCUGACUUUAGAACUGAGCAGAAGCACAAUGAAAGAAUAUGGAGAAGUGAAAGAUACAGGAGGAAGCUGCAAAGUCAGAAUAAAUAUGUACAGCACUCUGCCAAAACAUUGAGAAGUGCAAAACAGAAGCAUUGUAAAUCUCAGUCUGAGACCGAAGACUCUUCUAAUCAAAAUAUCUCAGGCAGAAAAUCCUGUGCUACAAGCUAUAAAGGGAAUACUACUAGUUGUACUCGUAGUAUUGCUGGAAUAUCUUCUGACUCCACCUCUGCAUCAUAUUUUGGAUCAAAUACACGGACCAGAAACACAGCAGUAGUGCGCAGUUGCACACUGUCAUCAGAAAGUGAGCUAGAAAAUUCAACAACUGCUUCAUCUUCAAGUAGUUCAGAGGAGAGCAAAGAGAGUUCUACAGCUCUGUCAUCUCCAAUAUUACACAAUGGAACAUCUGGGGAAAAACGAAGUAACUUCAGGAUUACUAGAAGUAGAGUGUAUCAGCAAAAACAAAUUGCUUCGCAAGAGGAUGCAGAUAGCCAAAGGACUACUAGGAAAAGGAUAUGGCAGAGAAAAACUGAUAUUUCAAAUGAGCUUUAUGAAACUUUGAGAAAUAGAUGUAGUAGGCACAGAAAAAUACCGCGUAGAAGUGCUACUGUGGCAGCCAAUAAAUUAAGAAUGAUGAGUGAUGUAGAAGAAGAACUCUUCAGCUCAGAAAGUGGUGGCACCAGAAGCAAAAAUAGAAAGCUACCUCAUCGCAAUGCUUCUGCUGCAGCCAGAAAGUUGUUAUUAAAUGAUUCUGAGGAAGAAAGUUCCAUGCAUUCUGAAAGUGACAAAGAAUUGGAAGAACAAUCUGACAGAAGAAAAGCUUCUGAAACUGAAUCUGUUGCUGCUAAAAAAAGGCAUAUUAGUGAAUCUGAAAGUGGAAAUUCAAAUUCUGAGAUGCAAAAUACACCAAAGAGGUACCCUGCUAAAGAUUGUAAAAAGCUAUUGAGAACUGCUUGCCGUGUAUCUCCCAAAAUGAAUCCCAGCCCAGAGUGUUCAGAAGAUGACUCCAAAAGCUGUAUGUCAGAUGAUGAGGACGUUCAGAAAGCUGUUCACCCGUUGUCUUCAUACAAAAAUAAUGCCAGGAACAAUUCCGAGACAGAUUCUGAGCAAGAAGAAUGCCAUGUUUUACCAAAACAGACUUUUACAAAGACAUCAGUUCGCUUCAGGAAAGCUAAAAUAUUAAGUGACUCAGAAGAAGGAGUGGAGUCAGGGAGGGAUGAUGGGACUCCUUCUUUUUCAAAGAUCAGUGUCUUUUCUGAGGCUUCAAAACUUGCCCAAAAUAGCUCAUCUAAUUUAGAAUCUGGAACCGAUAGCAGUCCCUCAACAAAAAGAUGGAAAAGGAAAGGCAUCAGGAAAGACUCUGUUGUUGAAGAAAAUGGGCUUAGCAAAUCUACCAGAAAAAGACCACAUGAAAGUGAUUGUCAGAUAGGAGUUUGUAAGACACGAUACAUCUCUCGAAAAUUGCCCCACAGAAGUGCUACUGUGACUGUUAAUAAAUUAAAACUUAUGAGCGAUGAGGAAGAUUUUGCCAAUGCAGAAACUACUAGAGCCUACAGUAACAAAAAUAGAAAACUGAACUGUCACAGUGUUGUUUCUGCAACUAGAAAGCAAUUAGAUAAUUCAGCAGAUGGAAGCCAACAGUCUGGUGAAGCAAAAAGGAAACAAUACAGCAGGAGAAAGUGUACUCAGUCUUCCUCAGCUGCCAGGAUAUAUAGUAGUGACUCUGAAAUCAGUUCAGAUUCUGAAAGUGCUGAAAGAAAAAAAUGGCAUAUUAAAAAAGCCAGUAGGCACAAACCUAGAACUGCAUAUGAAAAUAGUAUAAAUCCCAUUCUGGAGAAAAGCCAACUGUCAAAGGAUAGAAAUCUUGAUAAACAUCCUGUAUUUGCACAUAAUACUAUAUCCAGUUCUGAAUCUGAAGCAGAUUCUGAAUUAGAUCAGUACAGUGGGAAUAUUAAAAAACAGAACAUCUUUCAGAAGACUGUAGACUCUUCCAGAAAAGCAAAAAAUGAAUCUGAGAUACAGCAUAAAGGAAAUGGAACAGAUUCUCUGCCAAAUAGCAAGGAAUCUUCAAAAAACGUAACAUCUAAAGCCACAGUAGACUCCAGUUGCCCUUCUGAUUUGGAAAUUGAAUCUUAUUCCAAUGCAAGCAACUACAGUGAUGUCACACCACAACACAAGAAAAAGAAAGAAAAAACAGAUGACACUAGGAAAGAAUCAGUUUCUCAAGAGAUGAACCAAAGUCCAAUAGUACUCAGGAACAGAAAAACUUACAAAAGUUGUGCAGAGUUGAAUAGCGUGGCAGUGAAUAUUAAAACUCUUAAUGGAAAGAAAAUUCCACGUCGAAGUGCUGCUGUGGCUGCAAGCAAAAUAAAACUUAUUAGUGAUGCAAGGGAAGAACUCUCAAGCUCAGAAGUUGGAUACUGUAGAAGAAAGAACAGAAUACUUCCACUCCGCAGUGCCUCUGUUGCAGCUAGAAAAGUACUGGAUGAUUCACUGUCACUCUCAGAUAGUGGAACAGAACUGAAGGAAUGUAACAUAAAGGGGAAAAACAAUCAGACCUGUUCUUAUUCAACUAGGCAAUCUAGUAAAGAACUAAAAGCAAAAUAUUUAGGUGCUGAAAAAGAAAGUGUAUUAAAACAAAAGAGCAGUCACAGCAGUGGCUCAAGACAAGAUUCUAUCAAAACUGUAUGUAAAGUAUAUCCUAAAAGAAAACAAAUUGCGGUAAAGCGUUCCGAUGAAGAAUCCUCCAGCAGUGUUACAUCUGAGGAGCAAAAAAGUUCAAGUCAGGAUAAUGUAACAAGCAACUCUGCUGCAGACUCUGAACUAGAAAAGGAAUAUAAUUUUAGAAGUAGGAGGAACACCAGACACAAUAUAGAAAGAAAGAAGAAUGCUCUGUCAAAGAGUAGACAACUAGGCAUUCCAGAGAGCUCAAAAUCUGAACCUGAUGGAAGUUCCCAUUUUUCUUCUGAUUCAGAAAGUCAAACUCAAGAGUCCAAAACCAUUAAUAAUGGAAGCAUAAAAACAGAUAAAAGGAAGAGGAAAGCCACUCCAACAAAUAAAAAGUUAAAUAAUGGCUUUUCUGAAUCUUCCAGAAUACCUCAGAGAAGGAAACGGCCAAAACUGAAUGAAGAGAAUGAUUCUGAUGAAUUGCAUUACACAAAAUACAAACGAGUAAAUCGACGUUCCAAAAUCAGAACUAGAAAUAGGGGCAGGCGAACUGUAAGGUAUGCAGAUGAUGAAGAUGAUUGUGAAACAUGAAGAUCUAGCCCACUUUCCUUUUAUUAGUGAUACUAGAGUUAUAGACAUAUGUUGGAACUUCUCUUCCUCUAAUUCAGGGAAUAUAUUUAUAUUUUUCUAUGAAAAAGUUAAAUGUGGAGGCUUUCUUUUGAUAAUAUGACUUGCACUUGCCUGUCUGUGCACAUAUGCCAAAAUGUGCCUCAUUAUGAAGGCAGAACUUUUGUCUUUAAUGAUAUUUUGUUUGUUAAUGUAGUAAGUGACGGGAGGGGAUAAACAUUAGAUAACAGCUUUAAUGCUGUUUGUUUAAAUAGCAUGGUGCUGCAGGCUGAGACUACCUAUGUCAUACUAUAUUAGUGUGUUCAGAACCAGAUGAAUCUAUUGCGGUGUUUAAUAUUUCAUUGAUCAGUAAUAAAUAGAAUUAACUAGUAUAUAUUGUAAACAACUCUUAAGUAGUUACUAAUUUUAAAGAACAAAAAUGUGAUAAAUGGCUACCAAACAUUAUAGCAACUUGUAAAAAUGAGCAGUGCUAUUGAUUUUGAAGGAGAAACAGCUUGAACUGAUUGGUGAUAAAGAAAAUGCUUAUUGAUUUUAUAAAUAUAUGGAUUAAAAUUUGCUGUCAUAUAUACCUUUUAAUAUAUGGCACCCAUGCUGUAAAUUUGAGACCAUUAGGAUACAGGUGAUAACUUUCUUUUUGUAAAAAAUUGUGCUUUGUGCUUUUUCUUUAAAAUGAUUAAAGCUUUUGUGCUUUAGAGUACUAAUAUUUAAGGUGUUAUUGGUAAAGAUCAAUGCCUGCUAGAGUUCUUCAAAUUUAAUUAUUUAUAAUUCAGACUGUUGGUGCACUUAAACCACUCCACCUCUUGAUUUAACAAAAUAAAGCACCUUCAUGUUGGUGGUGUUUAAGUUGACACUGUUGAAAUAAUAAAAUAAUUUCAUUUUGUUGUAGCAUAGAAAAAAUGGGAAAUACAUGAUGCUAUGUAACUGUAUACAUAAUGAGAUGUAAGUGACUUCCUUUACAAAAGUACCAUUACAUCUUGGCUUUUUUUCUAUAGAAGAGUAUAGUCUUUAAGCCACCUCUUUAUGAGGAUGUUCUGUUGUUAGAUAUGUUCAUUCAUAGAACACUAGUUUUAUUUUUCUCUUCAGGCCUCUUGAAAUUUUAUUUUGAGAACUAUUUAUUCAGGGUUAUGUAUGUAAUAUUUUUUAUGAAACAAAACCCUGAAUGUUGGUUUUGUCUUCCACUUUUUUGAUUUCUCAAAAUAAAAUUAUCCUGAUAAUAUGUUUGUCUAUUAAAACAAAUUCUAGUAAUCAGAGUUCUUUAUUUUUGUAUGUUAAGUUUAAAAUGUGCGUUAGAGAAAAAUUGCACAUUUCUGAAUUUAAAGUGAAGAUGAAUGUAGUAGAUUUGUUUAUUUAGGAACUUUUGAAAGUGUAAUUUUGUUUCUGAAGUAAAAAAUAAUGAAAUGAUAAAGGGAAAUCCCAAAGUCCAAUAAUUGAUCUGAAGUGCACUGCUCGUAAAAUGCACUUUUAUUUGCAAUUUUGGAAUAAUCAUGAAUUUUAAUUGCUUGUGUUCUUUAUAUAUUAUAACAAACUAAUACAGCGUUAAAUAGUUUCACACAAAAAUAUUUAAGGUAUUAGAAUGGAUACUGAAUUUGCCCAAUGACAUACAAUAAAUGGAAUGUUCUCAA